AUGGAAGAAAUGGAAGCAAAAGACGAAGAUGAUGGGGGUGGUAAUGCUGAUGAAGAAGGUGAUAGGGGAACAAUGGAUAGUACUGAUCAAGAAGAUGAGGAUGAUGAUGGGGAUGAACAAGAUGAUAGGUAUGAAAAUGACAGUGGUCAACAUGAUGGGGAUGAUGAUAUUGGGGAUAAUAUUACUGAUGAAAUGGAUGAAGGUGAUGCAAAUGAUAGUGGUCAAGAUGACGAGGAUGAUGAUUUUGAUGGAGAUGAUCAAGGAGGUCAACAAGAUGACGAAGAACAUCAACAAAUUUUAUUGGAUGAUAUUUUACUAUAUAUGUUCAUAUGGCAAUGA